UCAUUCACCCAGAAGAAGACAUGGAACCGAGCCUCUUGCUGAACAGAGUGCUUGUUGGCUCCUCCCGGCAGAAGUUUCGCAAAGGGGACCGUUCUCGUCGAAUGUGGACCCAAAGGGAAGAAGAAAUACUCGCGGCAACGCUGCUCGAACUUGUGGCACGGGGCUGGAAAUCCGACAAUGGUUUCCGGGCUGGGUACCAAACUAAAUAUGAAGAUGUAAUCCGUGCGGAGUUUCCCAACAGCGACUUGAAAGGUACCCCUCACAUAACAUCUAAAAUCUCAUCUUGGUAGAAGAGUUACGGAUGUUUGCGAAACAUUUUGGCGAGAAGUGGGGUUGGGUUUAGUCUAGAUGGUGAUUAUAAGAUAGAUUGCACCGAUGAUCAAUGGGACCAAAUUGUUUCGGCUGAUAAAGACGCCAAGCUUAUGCGCUCGAAGUCGUGGCCUCUUUGGGAAACCUGGAAGUUAAUCUUCGGCAAAGACCGAGCAUCUGGAAGAGGGUCAGAGGAUUUAGAGGCUGCCGCAACUCAAAUGCGUUCCCAACUGGCCGGUGGUAGUCAAUGCAAUGAGAACGAUUACUACCCUUCGUUUGAAGACUUUAUUGAUCCAAAUAGUCCCGUGGCUGGUAACACUGAUGUGAACGAUACUAGCUCGGGCAAUGGCGGCAAAGAAGCGUCGAUCAACAAAACAAGUUCUGGCAGCCGCAAGAAGGAGUCAAGUGAUGUAGUUCUCAUGGAGUUCCUGGGGAACCUUCAUGCCGAAACAAACGCGCGUCUGGAGAUGAUUUCUGCACGAAUUGGCUAUGACUUUGACAUAGGGAAAGCAAGGCAGGACGUCUUUGAAAAGCUUGGGACGGUGGAGGGCCUAACUCUUCCCCAGCGCUACCUUUGGUGCAACAUUUUAGGCGACAAACCUCAGCGCCUCGAAGUGUUUAUGGGGAUGCCAGCCAAUGCUCGACUUGGCUAUGUUCUAUGCCUCAUUGAUGAAUACCGUAAGGAAGGUUAACAGGACAGGUGUGUUUGGGAAUUAGUAUGCUUUAUUAAUGCAUGUCUCUUUUUGUGUCUUUUGCUGAAACUGCUGCUGCAGCUUGUAUGUAAAUACUACUAGUAGUUAUUAGGCCAUGUGUGGUCCGUUUUUACUUGACUUUUGGUGGUUUAGCCUUGGUUUAUGCCAUUAAAUAAUGAAUGGAUUAUGUAUGCAA